AUGAUGCAAUGUGCAUUUGCGCAAAGUGUCUUGCGAGUAAAAGUAAAAGUAUCACGGAGCUAUGAGAAUAUUCCAACGAGCGAACAAUUCGAAAAGUGGAACGGAACGGAAGAGAGCUGGAAUUGGGAUUUCGUGGACCAGGGUUGGACCCAGAGAAACAACGUCCAAGGCGAAAAAUUGUUGAGAGACAUGUACCAUGUCUGAGCAAGCAAAAACAUAUAUAUAUAUAUAUAUAUAUAUAAAAUAGAUAUAAUAUCGUUGAAAUGCGCGGAAUUUGGCUGCUAGUGCCACUAGGCACUGUGUGA